AUGGGCUCCGACAGCCGCCCCGUCUGCCAUCGCUGCGCCCAGAUCAAGCAGGCCUGCGAUGGCAGCUUGCCCUGCGCCCGCUGCGUCCGCCUGAGCCUGCCGUGCCGGCCGCGCAACUCGGUCAGCGCCAGCGACGGCGCCGAGUCGCAGAACGGCGACGUCCCCAAGGCCCGCAUCCGCCGCGUCCAGACGGGAUGCCUCAUGUGCAAGCGCCGCAAGAAGAAGUGCGACGAGAUCAAGCCGCGCUGCGGUGACUGCCGCCGCCUAUGCCUCGAUUGCGCCUGGCCGCCCGAGCGGCACAGCAGAAGCAAGGCUGCCGCCGCCGCCGCCGCCGUGGCCGCUUCGUCGACAUCGACGUCAUCUUCGUCGAGCUCGUCGACGGCGGCCGUGUCCAAGCACAACAGCGUCGACGCGGUGAUCCCGCCGCCCGCAGCGGCAGAUGCCCCCAUGAUGGAGAUUCCGAUCCGAAACAGCCCCAGCCCCGUCUCCACGCCUGCGAGCGGGCGGCACGGCAGCUACGACAGCAGCAGUCACAGCAGCCACGGCAGCCACACGAGCAGCCAUCCUAGCCAUGGGAGCUUCAGCCAUCCGCCGGACCAGACGCCCAGCAUGGCCAUGGCCACGGCCGCCAUGUCGAUGCCCGCCACGACGACCGCCGGCAUGGCCAACGGCCUGUCGCUCGACAUGAGCCCCGGCAAGGUCUCGUGGGACAUGAGCAACUCGUCGCCGGGCUGGAUCGAGGCCAUCACGCCCAUCAGCAACGGGAGCCCCGCCGCGUCCUUUGAGUCGACGCCCAUGACGUCGCUGUCCGUCUACGUGCCCCAGCUGCUGCCCCAGCUGAGCGCGCCCCAGGACAAGGCCCUGCUCAACCACUACUCGACCAUAGUGUCGUCGAUACUGUCCAGGCGGGCCUCGAGCACCAACCCGUACAACAACUACCUCCUCCCCAUGGCGCAGGGCAACGACCUCGUCCUGCACUGCAUCCUCGCGCUGUCAGCCAACCACUGGCGCAAGCUGCAGCCCGACAUGGGCGACCGCGGGCUCCUCCACAAGAGCAAGGCCACGCAGUCCCUUGCCCGCCUGCUCCCCCACGUAGACCGGACCAGCGCCGACAUCGCUCUGGUGAGCAGCCUGCUGCUGUGCAUGACGGAGCUGUUUGACGGCACGAGCGAGGGAUGGAAGCUGCAUCUCAAGGGCGCAAAGCGUUUAUUGAUGACCCUAAGAAAGCAACAGGGAGACAUGAUGACGGGUCACUACAAGUUUCUGCUACGGCUGGCCAGGUUCCUCGACUCCGCCGCCACCACGUCCACCUGCCGACCGCCAUUGAUUGGCGAGGAAGAGGCCGAGGCGGCCGCCCUCGACCGCAUGACGGCCAUGCCCGACGAAGAGGACUCUGCCGUCUACGGCAUCCCCAAGGAGCUGUUCCACCUCGUCGACCGCGUCAACACCCUCGCCGACCUGCGAAGCACGCGCGUGGACCGUGCAUCCGAGGCCGCCUUCCGAGACCACGCCAAGGAGAUUGAGGGGCGCAUCAACCACUGGUCGUACGAGUACGGAGGCAUGUCGCGAGCCGUGUGGUCGCUGACGCCCGCCAACGACGACGUGCUGCACGCGACCAUGGCGUUUGAGUACGCCAUCCGUCUGCGGCUGCACCAGAUCGUGGAGGGCUACGAUCUCGGUGACCCCAAGGUCGGGCAGUUUGUCGACGGGAUUCUCGAGUGCGUGCAAAAGAUUCGCUACGGCAGCCCGCUCGAGACAUGCCUGCUGUACCCACUGGUCAUGGCAGGCGGAUCCUGCUGGAAGCUGGAGCAUCGGGUGAUAAUCCAGGAUCGGCUCUUGAUAAUGGAGAGGACGUGCGGCUUUGGGUACAUUUACAACGCGAGAGAUCUGGUGGAAAGGGUCUGGGCCAAGCGGGACCAGGUGGAGGGCACGGGCGCCAUCGUCAACUGGGCGCGCAUCCGGUACUAUGAGAUGAACGGUCUCGUGGUAUUCUGA